AUGGUAAGAACAAUUUUAGCCUUGGUUGCUCAACUGAAAUGGUCACUUUAUCAACUUGAUGUUAAGUCAGCCUUCUUGAAUGGUGAACUGGAAGAGGAGGUUUAUGUUUCUCAACCUCAAGGUUUUGAAAUCAGUGGCCAAGAGGAAAAGGUGUACUAUCUAAGGAAGGCACUUUAUGGGCUGAAACAAGCGCCACACGCUUGUAUAAUGAAUAAAUUUGAGAUGACUGAUUUGGGUUUGUUGCAUUACUUCCUUGGGCUUGAGGUGAAACAAAGAGAAGGUGAAGUAUUUGUUUCUCAAAAGAAAUAUGCAUCAGACCUUCUUAAAAGAUUUGGCCUUGUCAAUUGUAAAUCUGUCGCAACACCCAUGAAUAUGAAUGAAAAAUUGCAGCAGGAAGAUGGUACUGGGCAAGCCAAUGCAAGAAGUUUUAGAAGUCUAGUUGGAGGUUUGAUUUAUUUGGCUCAUACUCGUCCAGAUAUCUCAUAUUCUGUUGGUGUUGUUUCAAGGUUUAUGAGCAAUCCAUCAAAGCAUCAUUUUGGAGCUGCAAAAAGAAUUUUACACUAUGUUGCAGGAACGUUAGAAUAUGGUAUUUCGUAUUCUCAAGUUUCAAAUUUCAGAUUGUUAGGCUUUACUGACAGCGAUUGGGGAGGCUCGGUUGAUGACAGGAAGAGUACAUCAGGCAAUGUGUUCAGCCUUGGAUCAGGUGCAAUAACAUGGAGUUCGAAGAAACAAGUAACGACAACAUUGUCGUCUUCAGAGGCAGAGUACAUCGCAGCAACUGCUUCAGCUUGUCAAUGCAUUUGGCUUAGGAGAAUUUUGGUUGAUUUGAACCAGAAGUAA